UUCUAUCCAACAUGAUGUUGCGAUCGUCAACAAAAAUCGUAGGCUUGUCAAACAGACGAUUAUGUAAUGUUGAAUUGCUAGAUAAAAUCUUCAAAAGAUGUAAAGUUUUGACCAUCGACAAUAUGAACCCCCAUGUUAAAAAUAUUGAAUAUGCAGUAAGGGGUCCAAUUGUGAUUCGAGCUGGUGAACUAGAAAAUGAACUGAAACAGGGUGUGAAGAAAAAUUUUACUUGUAUUACACGUGCCAAUAUUGGGGAUUGCCAUGCUACAGGACAAGAACCAUUAACUUUUCUGAGACAGGUUGUAGCUCUCUGUGUUUAUCCUCCUUUGAUGAAAGAUCCAAGCUUUCCGGAUGAUGCCAAGCAACGUGCUGACAGAAUUCUCAAUUCUUGUGGAGGAAGAAGCCUCGGUGCCUACAGUGAUAGUGCGGGUGUUCCUGUCAUAAAAGAAGACGUGGCAAAAUAUAUUGCUGAGAGAGAUGGAAUACCUGCUGACCCAUUGAACAUAUAUUUGUGUGGUGGAGCUAGUGAAGGGAUUAGGAAUGUAAUGAAGCUGUUGAUGACUACGCUGCCUGGAAAGGAAAGAGCUGGCAUCAUGAUUCCUAUCCCUCAGUACCCGCUCUACACAGCGUCCAUUGCUGAAUACAAUGCCGUCCCAAUUGGUUAUUACUUAAAUGAAGCAGACAAAUGGUCACUCAGCGUUGAUGAAUUGAAGCGUGCUAUCACGGAAGCCAAACCCUUUUGUAAACCUAGAGCUAUAUGUAUAAUAAACCCAGGAAACCCAACAGGCCAAGUGUUGACCAGACAAAACAUUGAAGACAUCAUCAAAUUUGCUAAGGAAGAAAAUCUUUUUAUUAUGGCUGAUGAGGUGUAUCAACAUAAUGUGUAUGCAAAGGAUUCAAAGUUUUAUUCUUUCAAAAAAGUGUUGACAGAGUUAGGUCCCCCUUACAGUGAAAUGGAGCUAGCAUCUUUCAUGUCCAUCUCGAAAGGUUACAUGGGAGAGUGUGGUUUCCGUGGAGGCUAUGUUGAAGUGAUCAAUAUGGAUCCAGCUGUUAAGGCCAUGUUGACCAAAGCUAUUUCUGCUAAGUUAUGCUCUGCUGUUACUGGUCAGGCUGCAUUAGAUGUUGUUGUGAACCCACCUAAACCUGGGGAACCUUCUUACCCCCUUUUUAAACAGCAAAAGGAAAAAGUUCUUGGCGACCUUGCAGAAAAAGGACGCAUGACAACAGAAUUGUUCAACUCCAUUCCAGGAAUAUCUUGUAAUCCAGUCCAGGGGGCAAUGUAUGCUUUCCCUAAACUUGACAUUCCAAAGAAGGCUUUAGAAGCAGCCAAGGCCAAAGGCUUAGCCGCUGAUGCAUUUUACUGUUUUGCAUUGUUGGAAGAAACUGGCAUAUGUGUUGUACCAGGCAGUGGAUUUGGCCAGAAAGAAGGGACAUGGCACUUCAGGACCACCAUUUUGCCACCACUGGACCAGUUAGCGGACAUGCUUAAAAAGUUUGAACGCUUCCAUGUCAACUUCAUCCAGAAGUAUUCUUAAAGAAGCCGUGGACCUUAUCCUAACAUUUUUAAACUGCUGUCAACUUUUUUUUUUUAUUUCAGUUGUACUUUACUUUUUUUUAAAGUAAAAAAAACAACACAUUUUUACAUAUAUAUGAGGUGUUCUUUUCAUAUGUGAAUUCCUACUAGACAGUUGACCAGGAUCAUUCUUAUUUAAUUUGAUCCACAUUGCUUACUUACAGUGGCUAAUCUGUUAUGAUCUCAAAGCUCCUCUAGUCUACACUAUGUGUGUAAAUAGCAUCAAUUAUUAUUUUAAUUAUAUUUUUAGUACUUAUGGAUUACUUAACCUCUGUCAUAAGCAAGCCACUUUAAUUUUCUUUUUGCUAGUUCUAUAUCUGAAAUAAACUGCAUACUGUUCUCUAGAUCAGCCAGUUUUCCAUUGAGAGGACCUCAGCUUGCAUUGUCCUAUUUAGAGGCAAGUAGCUAUGUGUUGGCCAUUGCAUUGUCCUAUUCAGAGGCAAGUAGCUAUGUGUUGGCCAUUGCAUUGUCCUAUUUAGAGGCAAGUAGCUAUGUGUUGGCCAUUGCAUUGUACUAUUCAGAGGCAAGUAGCUAUGUGUUGGCCAUUGCAUUGUACUAUUCAGAGGCAAGUAGCUAUGUCUGGCUAUUACAAGUGAAAGAGCCAGUGUGGUCAAUUUGGUUGUUAGUUUUCUUGACAAGAAAUAUCCGGUGCCUUUUUAAAAAUUUCCUUGUGUUAGAAUAGACUACAACCUUUCACCUGACCAUUUUUCAAGAGGCUUUCUUUGUAGUGCUGCCUAUUGUUAAUUGCCUCUCUAUCCCCCUCACUUCUCAAGGCAGAAUUCAUUUCCUUGGUAGAUUAUAUAAGGUCUCUAAUCAUAAGGAUACUGUAUUGCGGAGUCUUACAAUUUGGUUUGUACUGUGUGAAAUCUUUCUUGAUCUGUAUUUUCGUUUGUAUAUUUGGAGAUGAAUUAUGCUUUAGUAAUACAAGAAAUAAUUUGUUCUCCACCUAGGAGGCUCUUAGCUGCUUAGAUCAUGACCAAAAAGGCAUGAACUUGUGGCAUUAAGAAGUCUAAAGCUUCAAAAUAAUAUUUUACUUGCCUGUUUUGUCCAGUAGCAUCAUUAGGUUAUAAUAAUCUUUGAACUGGGAAUUCGCAUAUGAAAAUAAAGCACCGUAACUUUACUUUAGAUUUAAGAUUUAUCAAAAAUGAUUUUUCAAAGUUAACAGAACAAAUUUUUGUUUGUCCUGACAUUGAAUAGAAUUCUUUUUUUUUUCCAAAUUCAAUUCAUUUAAUGUAAUUCAUUAUUUCUUUUCUGUUUUAACUCUUUCUCUCCUAAUUAACAAUACCAUCCGUGAUUUGACCUCAUUAAAUAAAAUUAACUUCUGUUUUAUAAAGAGCAUGCAUUCUCUUAUAAAUCUAUACCAAAAGUAAUGUUUUCUGAUUACAAAAAAAAUGUUAUUGAGGUUUAAUCAUAACAGGGUAGAAUGUAUAAAUGUGGAAAAUGAACAAUUCUGUCAGAACAAGGAAAAAUAAUUAUGGAGAUAAAGAGUUAAGUUUUUUUUUAAAUUAUAUAAUGCUAUAAUUUGAGAUCUCAAGCAAUUAAUUAACGGUAAUUGUUGUGCAUGAUCUUCCAUAUUAUUUAGUGGUAUUUUGGUUGCGGUUGUUGAAAUAUUAAUGCAUUUGUCUUUACAAAAAUAAUGUUUCAAAAAAAUCAGUGCAAUUGUGAAUUUGUAUUUAGUAAUAUCAUUAUCAUUGAUCUAACUUCUUAUAGAGGAAGUUAUAGUUUCUAGAUUGGUAUUUUUUAUAUGCAUAACACUUAUUGGUGCAGAUAAUUAACAUAAGUGUAGUGUAGUCAAUGGAGAUUAACACAUGAGGCAACAGAACAUUUAAAAUGUAAUGCAGACGUUAGCAAACUGCCAUGUUCUUUGUGAUAAUUUUUUUUUUAUUUAAGGAUUGUAUGUAUCCAACAUGGUUGCUUUAAGUAUGUCAAUCACAUUUUAGAAAAGAAAACGUAUCUAAAUUAACAAAUGAAAAAAAUUCAUAUAAAAUAUACUCUUAAUCUAAAUUUAGUAGAAAAAAAAAAAAUUGAAAUGUCUUAUGAAUGUUCAGAAAAUAUUCCCAUUUCUAAAAAGGUCAAGGAAAAGUUAAAGAAAAACUACCCUUUAAGAUGAUUUUAAAAAAUGGAUGCUGACCUCCUUAAAGUUGGCAAUCAGUUAUAGUACUAGUUAUAAUGUAUUUGCUUAAGAAUAUUUCUAUACAGCUUGACUGAAAUACUUAAUACAUUUUUUUGACACGUUCAUUGCAAUGUUAUAAAACUAAUAAGAAGUAAUUAAUAUUAAACUGAACCCAUUUAGAAGCUUCACUAAAUGUAGUAUUGUUAUUGAAGUUACAGUUCGAUACUACAUGUAGUAUUGUUAUUGAAGUUAGUCAGAUACUAAAUGUAGUAUUGUUAUUCAAGUUGCAGUCAGAUACUCAUGACACAUUUGCUCACUACAGUACUGGUAUUGAUAUUUUAUUACUAUUUUUAAACCUCCAUAGUAGAAUGUAGUUUUAUUAGUCAUCUGACAUUGGUGUAUUAAAAACAUUUGCUAUAGAACAAAAAAUCAGAUAUUAUGUUUGACUUAAAAUGGAACUCUCCGCUGUAAGAGAUGGACUAAAUUCUAAAGGACCUAAUGAUCUGAAUACAAGUUUUUUUUGUUGUUGCUUUUUUAACUCUGCAUAAAAUGAGUCAUGUAUUAAAGAUGGCAUUUAAACAUUUUGUUUGUUGAAGAGUCUUCUAUCUACUUCCUCAGAAUUUGUUUUUGUCAAAUUGACUUAUGGACCUAGUCUUACACUUUUUAAAACUUAAUUUGUAUCUUUGUUGAUCUGCUUUUUCUAUAUAUUUUUUUAUGACAUGAGAUUGAAUACUGCUGCUUUUGGGUCAUUAUUACAAUAUUAUCCUUGCUUUGAAUAUGUGUAUGCCAGUAUAUUAAUGUUAAGUAUUAUAUGAACUCUGAAUUUUAAAACUUUAGUUCUUGACUUCAUGUAUAUGUUAUCCUAUAUUUUGAUCUAUUUGACCAAAUGUUCAGGAAAGAUGUAUAGCAAUAAAAUAGUUCAUACUGAA